UCACGUGAUUACGUCACUCGGGCCAAGCGAAGCGAGCGGAGGGAGAUGUACGAGAUUCGUACUGUGUUAAAAUUAAUACGUCAUCUCUUAUUCUAAAGUGAUAUCUGUUAAUUAAUUCGCGGUGUUGCUCAGAAAUUUAUAAUAAAACAGCAUAAUGCCGGCGGCGCGAGGCGUUAAACGUGCUGCGUCCAAAUCGUCCGCCGCUACGGCGUCAACGGCGGCUAAAAACAAGAAAAAACGUGGAGCGAUCCAAUGGGAGAUUCCAUCGGCACCAAAGAAGAGGGGCCGUGUGCUAGCAUGUGGACAGGGCGACGUGGGCCAGUUGGGGCUCGGGGAAGAUGUUGUGGAGACCUCCAAAUUCAAGUAUGUGACCGCGCUGGGUGACAAAAUAGUUGAUGUGUAUGCUGGUGGCAUGCAUACAAUAGCUCUUGAUAGCAGUGGGAAGGUAUGGACGUUCGGCUGUAACGACGAGGGCGCGCUGGGGCGGGCGACGUCGGGAGAGAGCGAGGAGGGCACGCCGGCGGCCGUGCGGCUGCCCGCGCCCGCCGUGGCCGUCGCGGCCGGGGACUCGCACUCCGCCGCGCUGCUCAACACUGGAGAUGUUUACGCUUGGGGUGCUUUCCGGGACUCGCACGGCAGUAUGGGCCUUGUAGUCCGCGGCCGUGAAGGCAAGUCGUGUCGCGAGCCCGUGCACGUCGACAUCGGGGAGACUGCCGUCGCCAUCGCGUCCGGUGGAGAUCAUCUCGUUAUACUCUCGGCUUCAGGAGGUGUGUACACAAUGGGUUGCGGAGAGCAAGGACAGCUCGGCAGACUGUCGCAGCGGUCCGCUUCCAGAGACGCCAGGCAGGGAUUCAGUGCCCUACUGGUUCCAUCGAAGGUGACGCUGAAGGCCGGCGGCGCGCGUAUCUGGGCGGGAUAUCACGCCACCUUCGUACUCGACAACAAUGACAAGAUGCUGGCCUGGGGACUCAACAACUAUGGACAACUUGGUAUAACAGGCGAGAAGCGUAAGACGGCGAUAUUCUCCCCGACGGAGUGCGACGCGUUCACCGCCCAGCAAUGUAGCUGGCUGCGGGUCGCCUGCGGACAACAUCACUCGCUCGCGCUCGACGCCGCCGGGCAGGUCUACUCCAUCGGACGGUGCGAGUACGGCAGACUUGGUCUCGGUGAUCGCGCGGGUGACGCAGAGGUAUUGGAGCCAAUCCCUGCGCUUCAAAACAAGAAGGUCAUCAGCAUAGCCGCCGGGACCAGCAACUCAUUCGCCGUCACAGACUCCGGGAGCGUAGUGUCGUGGGGCAUGGGGUCGGAGGGCCAGCUGGGCACGGGCGCGUGUAACGACGCGUCGGAGCCGACGGCCGCGGUGACGCCGGCGCUGGCCGAGCGCACGCCGCUACAUGUCUCCGCGGGGGGACAACAUACUGUGUUGCUUGUUGAGGACCCAAGCGCCCUAAAGGAAGCGUCCCCUCCUCCAGAAAGUGAGACUUCAGAACAGAAGGGUGACUCACAAUCUGCUGAGUCAGAGGAGGAGGAGCCCCAACCUGCCAAGCGGCCGAAGAAUGAACAGGAGGGAGAGAUCUCUUCCACCUCCAGCGCACAGCCCAGCGAUGUAGGGGAGGAGGCUAAACCACAGAAGGUGAACGGUGAUGAGAAGAAAGAAACACCAAUGGAAGUUGAUGAAACUGACACCCCACAACAAAAAGAGGAAGACGCAGAAACAGAAACAAAGUCAGCCGACGAACAAACAGACACGGAGCAGACCGAACCAGAGAACACACAGACGGAGGACUCCAAACCAGAGACUACCGACACCUCCAGCCAGGAGACCACGGACAGCGAUACCAAGUCGCAGGAACCAGACAAAACUGACGUAGAAAUGAGCGAAGAACGUACUGAAGUCAACGGAACGCCAGAGGUCGUCGAACCCAAGACUGUCGACGUCAUACCUACAGCCAACCCACUUACCACAACGGCGUGAUGGUAACUGAGCUAGUAUCUGGACAGCACAUAGUUGGUUUAAACGUUCGGGUUUUUGUUUGGCAGGCGUUAUGUUAUACAUAUCUUACGUAAGGACUGUUCACUCACAUAAUUUCACAAUUCUACACAUCACUUUAGCCAAACACAAUAUUAAAUUAGUUUUAAACUUAAAUGUUAUUAUAAAUAAACCGCCUCGUUGACGCAUUUUUUUAGUCUAAAACUUUAUAUUAGAUUUGAUAUUAGCGCCUUCAGGAAUCGUUCGUGCCUUUCCUUUAUUGAGGACUACACGGAUAGGCUAACAUUUGACGCUUUUUUUUUUAAAAGAAUAUUUAAAACUGGAGGAAUAUGUCUCGGCGGUAGAUUGGAAUUGUCUUCCUGAAGUCAACAUUCCAUCAGUUGACUGGACAAUGUCUUGAUAGAUUGGUCCAAAAAUAAGCCAGUCACCGCCGAGACAUAUAUACAGCUUUGAUUCAUGAACAAUCAAUCGUAAAUCCCUAGUUUUAAAGUAUAUUUUCAUACAAUUCAGUCUUUGUCUGUCUAAAUGAACCCUGACGUAUAAAUUGACUAAGUACCAUGUGGUACUUUGAGCUAUCGGGCGGUACGAUGUCUAGUACUGAAUGUAUUGUUGUACAAUACUAAUGAUUUUUUUACAAAAUAUAUAUUCGAAGUUGACUUAUGUAGGUAAGUAUGUUCUUUGUACUGGUUCGCGAAUGCUCAAUGUGGCGUUUGGAAUUACAUUUGGUAGUAUCAAUAAUAUGGUAUCACCCUUAGCGGGUUGUGGACGGCAGAUGGCGGUUGCUCCAUGUAAAAUACUGACAUUCAGCCUAAUCUGGAUCAGACUAUGCAAAUUGUAAUUUGUAGGUCAAAAUCUAGAUUCGAGUUAUUGAUAAACAACAAUAUAACAACAAUAUCACUUGAUUUGAUGAUGAAACUUCAGAAAAAGGAAUAUCAAAUGUUCUUUUCAAAACACACAAUAUAAGCGUUUGCGAAUCAGUAUCGAACUCUGGUCGCAUGUAAUGUAAUUAACGAUAAAAUUGACUUGUCUGCCUAUCCAAGCUCGAUACAAGCGUGAAGGUUGUGUUAUUAAUAAUUUAAUAUUAUGUUUGACCUUGAAAUAAAGCUAAAAAUUAAUUAAAAUUCAUCUUUUCUUCAUUCUCCUAUUCUCCUUGUAUUUAAUACAAUUUAUGAGUGAAUAAUUCAAUUACAUAUUACUCUAUAAUUAUUAUAAUUAAUGUAGUUGUACUUUUAGUUGCUAUGUUGUCGUUAAAUGCAUUACAUACGUGUUUCCGCGUUAGUUGUCUAUGUGUUAGUUACUCCGUUUGUUGUACAAUUAAAAUAUUUAAGACUGCGCGAUUUGAAACGGCGCGGUAUAGUUUCAAUAGAUACAUAAUUACAUAGGGUUACGGUUAUGAAUGAUCAGUGUUCACAUUAGAUACAAAUAAGUAUAUUGUAGUUACAUAGGCCAAGAAAUGAAAAUAGUCUUGAGCCAAUAGGCCCAUAAAACAAGUUCUCUUUCUACUCAGGUCAUGGUCAUCUAUCGUGGCGUUUCGAAUUGUUAGCAAAGGCACACAAUAUUUAUCAACUUCGAAUAUGAAAAGUCCCGUUCCGAGGCUAAUGCGCCGAUAUUUUGUUGUAAAAAAUGUUGAUACACAGCCGUUUUGUUCGUAAUAAUUAUAUUAGAACGAAGAUUUAUUAGGUAUACAGUGGGGUAUGUUUUAUUUAGGGUAUAGGCGAUACCGAUAUUAUUGUAUAAGCGAAAAUAUUCAAUUACAUUAAAAUGUGUUUGUAAUGUUGCUCUCGAAUCAAGUUCGACAGCAAAAUGUGGCAAUAUGUAUUAAAAAUGAAGCAUAAUUUUAUUUAUUGCUAUGGAGUUAGAAAUUAUAGCUUAAUUUAAGUUUAAUGUAUGUUGCACUAAAGAUUAUGAAGUACUAUGUAGGGUAAUAUUGCGAACAAAUCGGGCGUAGAUAUCUUCAGAGCGCGUCGAGCCUCAAGCGUGACAUGUAAAAUAGUAUCUUUCAGCGAUUCACGUCGCAUAUAGUGUUGAGGUUGCUAGAAAAUAAUUGAUAUAAAUAAUUAAGCUAAGCUAAUUAUCAAAUGUUGUAACGUGUCCUUGACUGGUACAAAAAUAACAAUAUUUCGGAAAAUAGAUAAGUAUUGUAGUAAAAAAUUGAAAUCAUUAAGUAAACGUUAUGUUGAAAAAGUUUUUUUAUUAUUUUAUAGUAACGUUUUUCGUGCAUGAUUCUAAAAGUACAAAUGUACUGGUUCUUUCACACGACGCUAUAUUUCUUAAUUGUUAAAAUAAAGAUGAACUAUAAUGUAUUGUGUUUUCCUAAUAAAAUAGUAGUGUAAUA